CGUCGACAGAGGGCGCACUCGGUAUAGAAAAUGGAGCGAGGGUGGAAUGGAAAUGCCCUGUUGCGGUGAAAGUCGGUGCAGAGCCGUCGUUGUAGUACUGGUUUUUCUCGUUUUUACCGAAUAUUUCAUUGUUGGAGUUGAGGGACAGCGAGUGCUUUACGAAUAUGUGAGGUACCCAUUCAAGAAAAAGCCUAAAUUUGAGCGACAGUACAAGAUUAACCUGCGUCAGUGCGAACAGAAUGCGGAAUGCAGUCAGGUGCAAGGUUUGGAUCUCAUCCGCUGCGGCCGAAUGUGCAUUGCGCCAGAUUGCUAUCAAGAGUUGUACGCUCACGACGAGCUGGAGUUAGGCGAAGUCGAUGUGCGGUUAACAUCAUUCAAAGGCUGCUGGGUGCAACGCUACUACAGGUAGCAGGUUCCCUGCUUUGCUCGAGGCCGUUCACUGAUCUCCCCCGUAACACCGGAGGAAAUGGAUGAAAUUGUGCCAGCGUUGGGCACCUGUUGAAAUGGAGCGCUUCACAGGAGGAAAUGGAUGACAUUGUGUCAGCGUUGGGCACCUGUUGAAAUGGAGCACUUCCACCAGGCGAGAUUAAUAGUCCAUUCAGUCCGGUGUGGUAAGAGUGCUCUCUGCAAGACAUGUCUGUGUAAGCCAAAACUGUUUUUUUUUUUUUUUCAAGGCUCGUUCAUACUUCACGCAAAUGUGAAUGCGAAUGUAAAGAUGUCAGAUCAAAUAAUCACCCUGUGACUUUGCAAAAGUUGAACACAUUUCAACUUGAGUGACAUUUUGCUGUCAGACUGUCAGAUUCACUUUGGCAUUCACCCGAAGUCUAAUCCGGCCUUGAGUCAGUUUCCAUGUACACGUAUGCAUGUCCAAGGUUAAAAUCCGUUCAUGGUCGUGUUUGUACAUGUUGUCCUGUGUUAAUGUAUUCAAGGAUGCUGGCUGUUCCACUUGUUUCCUGUAGGUGUACACCCACAGACUUUAUAUAAAAAAUCUUGACCUGUCAUGCCCUUUAUAGUCGACUCUCCCACAAAAAUGUCAGAGAGGUCACCAACGGCCAUCUUACCAUGCCAAAUACAAAGGUACGUGUAAUACCGGUACAAAGGGCCUGUUUGUUUUACGUGGAUCGCGAUCGCUGAUCCGGGGCUGGUUUGCUCUAUCCAUUAGGCGAGUUCUGGUGUCACUGAACCAAUGCCGGAUUACUGAUCACGAUCAGUAAGCCUUUGUGAAUCAGAUUUCAUUCGUGACAUCAGUAGUUACCGUGGUGAGCCAGCCCAUCACCUUUGUAUUCGAUAUGGUAACACAGCAGGCAUGCAAUUUUUCCUCGGAUCAUCUGAUUUCCUCUCAUGCCAUUGAAAAUUGAAAAACGCCGUUCAAAGUCUCCCAGAGAUUGGAGUUUCUUUGCUUUUUUGUGGAAGUCCAAGUUGCAUGCCUGACAUUGCCACCAGUGGCUUCAUUGGGUAGAAGGGCAUUGCAAGUGUAAUCCGUGAACCAGAGUCAAUAUUUCCACUUGGGCAUGCAUCUGUGUAAUGACGACAAGCAUUGGCAUUCCCAGGAUACUUCUAGAGGGGAGGGGGAAGGGGAG